GCCAAACUAAUCUGAAGAGUCCACAGGACCUUCAGGUGUCCAUUGUAAAUACAAAUUUAACUCUAAGGUGGAACUACACUGGGAACGAUCCCAAUGUGACAUUUUCGGCAGAAUACCGAUGGUUUGAAGAUUUUGAGACAAACGGAACAGAAUGGCAGGGGUUGCCUGGUUGUCAAAAUGUUGCUGGCAGAGAAUGUGACUUUUCCUCAGCAAUAACCAAAUACUAUGAUAGACAUCAUGUGCGUGUAAGGGCUGAAAGAAGGGAAGAAGUAUCUCCAUGGUCUAGCAUUUUUGAAAUGAUUCCAUAUUAUAUAGCUCAGAUUGGUCCCCCAGGAAUACACUUGCAGUCCUCAAAUGGAGUCAUAAAAAUUAAGGUUUCUCCUCCAGAAGUGAAUCAGGUCCGAAAAAUGUGGAGAAAUGAUCUAAGUUUUAAAUAUAACGUAGUUAUCUGGGAAAAUUCCUCAAGUGCAGAGUUCAGAAGGCAACGUAUUUUUCCUACUGAUGUAAUUGGUGACCUUCAACCAGACACUACGUACUGUUUGAAGGUUCAAGCAACUCUUCCUUGGGACUUUAAAGAAGGCUUAUUCAGUCCCAUUCGCUGUGUAAAAACUACCCGUAAAGUGACUGACCUACAGUGUGCAAUGAAUGUGAGCGUUCUUGCUUUGAAUAUGAAAUUUCAUCUGCAUUGGAAUAAUCAGUAUAAACAACAUAUGAGCUACAAUGUACAGUAUCUCAUUGGGUAUCUAAAGACACUUCAUGAUGAUUCCUCAGAGAAGUGGCUCAACGUACCUGGAUGUGAAAACGUUAUUGAUACACAAUGCAAUUUCUCAUCUAUCAUCACUACCACUGGAUUUUAUUAUCUCCGUGUGCAGGCCAUGAGUGAAUAUAAUAAAUCAUGUUUGUCUAAUGAAGUAAAAGUAGAGCCUCUGGUAACAAAUGAAAUUGGCCCUCCUGGUGUGAAGGUGGACAUCAGUGAUCUUUUGAUCCAUAUCCAGAUUUCUCCCCCAGGAGGAUCUGAGUGUGAAGUCAUGAGGGACAAUUAUGACUUGUCUUACCGAAUUCUGUACUGGAAGAAUUCAUCAAAUAAUGAGGAGGAAAUCAAAGUGAAAGAAAUCAAACAGACAAUAGGGACAAUCUCUGAUCUAGCACCUGCGAGUUGGUACUGUGUCAAAGUACAAGCAUUCACAGAAAUUUACAACAAAAGCAGCCAUUACAGCAAAGAGGAAUGCAUCAAAACACCUGAAGGUAAAGUUUUACCUCUGAUUAUUUUAGCGACAUUUGCAAUUGCCCUGUUUGCUGUCUUUCUUGUGGCUGCACCACUUGGUUUUGUCCUGUACCAUGCCUACAAUAAAAUCAAAUAUGUGUUCUUUCCAUCCUGCCAGCCUCCUUUGAACAUAGAGGGGUUUGGACAGCAGUUCUUCAGCAGUCCUUAUCUGUCAGCUGCAGAAGAAGCAAUAGAAGAUUGUUCAGUGAUUGAGCCCAUCAUCACAGAAGUAGUAAAUCAAAUUGAUUUUAAAGACUACAAACAUUCUAAACAGAGCAGUCGAGAUUCAGGAAAUUAUUCUAACGACGACGAUACUUCGGGGACCAAAGCAUCAGAAGAAACACUAGAAAAGGAAACAGCCAGAAUCGCACAACUCGAUUACAUUUCCAGGAAGAAGAUUAAAAAUCACAACAGCAAACACUAUGAGUUGGAAGUAAAGAGAGGCAGCCGGAGAAAGUCGAGGAACUUUAACCACUUAAUGGCGAGAUUUUCUCACAUCAACCGCAUGCCACCAAG